GGCGGGCGCGCGCCGGGGCUCGGUGCAGGCCCAGCCCCGGGAGGGGCCCAGCUGACUCCGCCCCCGGCCAGGAAGUGACUCAAAAAACUGUUCGUGAUGUGGGGAAGAGAGGUCCCCGUUGGGUGAGGAAUCGGGAAGGCCCGCCCAGAUUCGGGCCCCCCGCCCUUCUUCCCUGGGCCGGGGGCGCGGGCGAAGCUGGGGCCGGCGGGCACCGAGCGGCGCCGGCGGGACUGAGGCCGCAGCGGGCGGCGAGGCGGGGCUGGGCGGCCAAGGAGCCAUGCCUACUUGGGGGGCUGGCUCCCCGUCCCCUGACCGUUUUGCGGUGUCUGCGGAGGCCGAGGACAAGGUGCGGGAACAGCAACCCCACGUGGAGCGCAUCUUCAGGGUGGGGAUGAGCGUCCUCCCGAAGGACUGUCCUGAGAACCCUCACAUCUGGCUGCAGCUGGAGGGCCCCAAGGAGAACGCCAGCAGAGCCAAGGAGUACCUGAAGGGUCUCUGCAGCCCAGAGCUACAGAAUGAAAUUCACUACCCACCCAAACUGCACUGCAUCUUUCUGGGAGCCCAGGGCUUCUUCCUUGAUUGCCUGACUUGGAGCACAUCAGCCCACCUGGUGCCGGGGGCGCCCGGCUCGCUGAUGGUCAGCGGCCUGACCGAGGCCUUUGUCAUGGUCCAGAGCCGAGUGGAGGAGCUGGUGGAGCGCCUGAGCUGGGACUUUCGGCUGGGGCCAUCCCCUGGAGCCUCUCAGUGUGCUGGAGUGCUGAGAGAAUUCUCUUCUCUGCUGCAGUCCCGGGGGGAUGCCCACACAGAGGCCCUGCUGCAGCUGCCCCUUGCUGUCCAGGAAGAACUGCUGAGCCUGGUGCAAGAGGCAUCCAGGGGGCAGGGGCCCCAAGCAUUCCCGUCCUGGGAGUGGGGGAGCCCAGGUCUGCUGGGUGCUCAGCACCAGGGAGUCAGGAGUCCCCUGAGUGACAGCAGGGAGUCUCUGGACACAGGACCUGCAGGGUGGCAAGAGUCAAGGGGAGAGAGACGUGCUAUGGAGAAGGAGGGGACAAAGCACGGUGGUCCCAGGGAGAUGGAUUUGGGGUGGAAGGAGUGGCCCGGGGAAGAGGCCUGGGAGAGACAAGUGGCCUUCAGGCCACAGUCAGGAGGAGGAGAGGCAGGGCAGGCAGUGCCUCUGAAAGGGAAGGCCCUGGGGAAGGAGGGGGUGCCUCAGGAAAGAGGAAGGUUCUGGGUCCAGGGCGAGCCUCCUGGCACCCAGGGCCCCUGUCAGAAGGCAGCUCAGCCCCGGGGAGCCUCCCUCCUGCAGCGGCUCCAUAAUGGGGAAGCCUCACCUCCAAGAGUGCCCAGCCCCCCACCAGCGCCUGAACCCCCUUGGCACUGCGGAGAUCGAGGGGACAGAGGAGACAGGGCAGACAAGCAGCAGGUCGUGGCUCGAGGUCGGGGGUCUCCGUGGAAACGAGGCACCCGGGGGGGUAAUUUGGUGACUGGCACGCAGCGUUUCCAGGAGGCCCUCCAGGACCCUUUCACCCUGUGCCUUGCCAACGUGCCAGGCAAGCCAGACCUGCGCCAUAUUGUCAUCGAUGGCAGCAACGUGGCCAUGGUGCACGGCCUCCAGCACUACUUCUCCAGCCGGGGCAUUGCCAUUGCUGUGCAGUACUUCUGGGACCGUGGCCACCGCGACAUAACUGUCUUUGUGCCUCAGUGGCGUUUCAGUAGGGACUCCAAGGUCAGAGGCUCGACAUUCAAGGAGCCAAGUGGGAGACUGAGGGAGAGACAGAAGCUCCUGACCCUUCACACUGUCUGUAAGCCUGAGUCGUGGGACAAGGUCAGUCACCUGGUGGCUGGAUCAAGGUUCAUGGUGAAGCUGGCUGAAGAGACGGAUGGGAUCAUUGUCUCCAAUGACCAGUUCCGGGACCUGGCAGAGGAGUCUGAGAAGUGGAUGGCAAUCAUUAGAGAGCGCCUGCUGCCCUUCACCUUCGUGGGAAACCUCUUCAUGGUGCCUGAUGACCCAUUGGGGCGAAAUGGCCCUACACUGGAUGAGUUCCUGAAGAAGCCGGUCAGGGCACAGGGGUCUUCUAAGGCUCAGCAUUCUGCCAAGGGCUUCACAGAACACAGUGAUCAGCAGCAGGGGAGAAAAGAAGAGGAAAAAGGCAGUGGUGGCAUUCGGAAGACGCGGGAGACAGAGCGGCUCCGGCGCCAACUGCUGGAGGUGUUUUGGGGCCAGGAUCACAAGGUGGACUUCAUCCUGCAGCGGGAGCCGUACUGCCGGGACAUCAACCAGCUCUCCGAGGCCCUGCUCAGUCUCAACUUUUGAGCCUCACCUGUCUUGGUGACUGCCACCCCGUCAGCUCCAGCCUCAUCCAGCUCAGCUCAUUCUGUGAGGGUCCCUCUGCUGCUCAGACCCUGACCCAGUCUCACCCUGAGUUGGUGCUUUGUGUCAGGGAAGCACCAAGGAAGCGCAUUCGUGUGUGGGGAAUGCUCUUGCCUGGGGCACUUUGGGGACAGGUCUGUAAGGUGACCUGAUCUCAUCUUGAGUCAGGGCCUCAACCAGCUCUCAGGAGGUUCUGCUCAGCCUUAACUUCUUAACCUUGCCUUAUGCAGGGUUUCUGUAGGGAAUGGGGGCUGCUGGGAAGGGUGGGUCACGGAGAUGGGGACUGUCGGCCCCUCCUCCACGCUGAGCUGGGGAUGGAGGCAAGGGUGGGUGAGAGGGGAAUGUAGAACAGGUGGCCAGGAAGCUAAGCCUUUUCUCCUCCUGGCUGCUGCUCUGAUGGCCAGAGGACCGGACGAGUCCCAGGCCUGGCUGGGCUCCUGGGCGCAUCAAAGGGAAUGCUGGGCCCUGGAAAGGCUAGUGUUAUGGGCUCUGGGUCACAGUGGGGCAGCAGGGAUCUGGUGGAGAAGGCAGAGGGAGAGUUGGCUUCUGGUCUCAGCUAUGCCUGCCUGUGACCUUGAUUGAUCUUGGUCUUUACUUCCGCCUACAAGUCAGGGGUAAAAAUGCCUGUUGGGAGGAGAGAUGAGAACGUGGAGGAAAGCUCCUUGGAGAAAGGUACUUGGACCAAGCCUCAGGUGUGUCUGUCUGUGGUUGCACAGGCUUCCUAACCAAAACCUCACUUUCAGAGAGCUGAGGGUCCUCUGUCCCCAGGACCUGUGCCCUAGAUUUUUUACACUGCAUCAGUAUAAUGUGCCCUAUAAUGGCUGCGUCCCUUUUGGGCAACCCCCCCCCCCCCAAAUCCACAUUUACAAAACGGUUAAUUAGGGGUGACUGUUUGCAUUACCAGAAAACUCUCAGGGUUCCUUCCUAUCAAUGGCAGCUCUCCUGUUGAAUUCAGGUGUUUGUUUACAGUUGAACGAACGUGUCAGAAAGUCCGCAGUCCCCGGUUAAUGCACUUGCUCGAGAGUUGAGCAGUCACCAAACCAAUGAAGCCAUGUUCUGCGAGGAAAAUGUUCAUGUGACCUGACCCUAGCAUCUUCUUUACAGAACAUAUAUGUUGCAUAAAGCGAGACCCACUUCUG